AUGCCUGACAAAGAAGAAAGGUUCUUAAUUGUAGUCUCCAUUUUGGGAGGCCGAAGUUUUCCCAAAAGACCACAGCAUAAAUUGAUAAUUGAUACCAAAUUUGAUGGUGAACUGUUGUCCACUGAUCCUGUUGAUCACACAGAACGUCCCAAUGUAACACAGGAGUUGGCAUGGCAACUAGAUAAGAAAGGUUUGCAGCAACAUCGGUUGCACAGGAGUUCAAUUAAGGUGCAGUGCUAUGCAUAUGAUACCAUCAGUACCAUGAAGGAAAUGAUUGGUUAUGCAGUACUGGAUUUGCGGUCAGCCACAAUGAAACAGACAUCCAAAUGGUAUCCUCUUCUUCAUUCCAAAUAUACAAGACAUAAAGCAGAGAUCCAACUUGGUCUUUACCUUGACCAUGACACUGGGGAUGAAGUUGGAAAGAAACUUGAAGACUUGGCUGGUGUUAGUAUAAAACAUCCAAAUCUGUUGUGUCCAGUUCUAAAUGAAUCUGGAGGCUAUUAUCAAAUUGGCCCUCCUGAUGUUUGCAAAGACAUUUUCAUUUUGUCUGUGACAAUAGGAUAUGCCACUAAUCUUGCUCAGCUUAUCCCAGGUUCCACACCUCUGCCUGACAGUUCAGCUGGAUACCAUUUCUACUAUUCUCUCUUUGGCAACAAUGUAACCAACGAAUCCUUCUCAAAUCUCAUCAGGCCAGAAUUUGCACCCGAAAGAGCAUCUGUGAAGAUCCGAAGUAGCCUUCAAGUUCUGUCAGUCUUUCUUUCCAAACAACCUGGCAUCCAGAUCCACUUGUGUUGCAAAGAUGUCUCUUUGGGUCGUUGUGAAGUUCCUUUAAACACUUUAUUACAAGAUGGCAGCACUGAAAUUUACAUGCAACCAGUUGUCUUGGAUGGGACUUAUCAAAUUUUACCACUAACUCCAUCCAAAAAUUCAGAAGGCUCAUACCCAGUAGUUGGUGUUACUGUGGCACUCAGAAAAGAAGAUGUGGGAAAUGCUGAUAAGAAUAAACAAGCAGCUCCGCAAUUGGUACCAGAAAAACUUGACCAAGAGGAGGGGGAAAAACCAAAUGUGCCUAAGUCAGAUAAUAUUGAAUAUUCCAACACAUUUGAAGACAAAACUGGAGAAAGUAUAAGCAGCAUUACUGAUCCAGGUAAUGAGAAGAAAGCACAAAAUCCUGAUGCACCCAGCAUCCCGCCAAAAACGAUCAGUCCACCAAAAGUCAAUCCUCCUGUGAAUGUAAAUGUUUCUGAUUCCAAGUCAACUGGUGAGAGUUUAACCAAGAACCAUGUUGCCAUUCCUGCCCAACUUCACCAUUUUACUUUCUCUAUCGAUUUGAACAGCAUCACUGGCAUUGAAGGGACAAACACAAAAAAUAUUUUUCUUAGAUAUGUGUAUCCAUUCUUUGGGAGUGUGGCUCCCAUCUUAACUCACCCCACUGUGGAGAUCUCAAAAGGGGUGGAGGUUUUACUUCCGCAUUCUUUUUGUGCAUUUGACUUUGCUUGUUUGAUUGACCAACUUCAGGAAACCUUCAUUAGGGUUCCAUUAUUUGUUGAAGUCUGGGAACGAGAUCGAAGCCUUGCCAAAGAUGUCCUUUUAGGAACUGGACGUCUUCCUUUGGCUCAAAUUUUGGCUGCUGAGAAAACCCGGACAGUAAACUCAACAAAUGGGAGUGGCUGGCGACAAGUGUACAGAGAUUCUGUUUUGGUGUCUAGUGUCAGUGGGAAUUCUCAGAAAGUGGCUUCUAUCUCUGUUGUGCUAACCAUGGAAGAUUGGGGCCCUAUCCACGAACAAGAGAUUUUGCUUAGCAAUCAUUCUUCUUCCUUACAGAAGGCACCAGAAGAAGGCAAUAAAAAUUACAAUGCUAUUCCACCUCCAGAAGAACCAAAAGAUAUACGAGAAACUCGGGAAUAUCAAAUUGCAUUGGAACUGGAAAUGUGGAAAGAAAUGCAGCAACAAAAGUUUGAAAAUGAGCUGAAACAGAAAGAAAUUACCUACAUGAAGGUUUUGGCUGAUGAAUGGAAGAAAAGAGAUAAAGAACGAGAAGUUGUUUUGCAAAAAAAGUUAUCUGAAUACAACCAACUGGAGGAUCAAUUAAAUAAAGCUUUGAAAAAUUUAGAAAAAAAAGAACGUGAACUAAUAAUCAAAGAAAAAGAAAUUGUCCACUUAAGAAAUGACCAUGAACGGGAACAUGAACGGAAAAUGAUUGAAAUGAAAGAAGCCUCACAGCGUUUGCAAGAAGACUGUGAACAUCGCAUACAACUAGAAAGAAUCAAGGUAUCUGAAAUGGAAGGGCUCAUUUCAAAAUAUAAGCAAGAGUUGAUUGAUGCUGAAAAGAAAUAUGCUAGUCUUGAGAAAGAAAUUUCUCUCUUCAAAGAACAGCAGAAUUCCAAACCAGAAGUUCGUCUCCAUUCAGAGAUCAACAUGCUGACUCUAGAAAAGGUUGAAUUAGAGAGAAAACUUGACAGUGUGACAAAAUCCAAAAUCCAUUACAAGCAACAGUGGGGUCGAGCCUUGAAAGAACUUGCUCGACUGAAGCAGAGAGAACAGGCAACAGCCAAGGCCCAGUUGAAAAGACAGCAACAAGAAUUGGAGGAGAUGAGGUUAAGGUAUAUAGCAAAUGAAGAAAAAGAAAGCAUGAAGAAUGAUAAGAAAGAAUUGGAAGAAAUAAAGAAUGAACUUAACAGAUUGCGCUUAGCAGAGGAGCAGUUACAAUUGCAGCAGCAACAGCAGCAACAUGCAGCUGCUCUGUUUAAAGAGAAACAGAUAACACGUAGCCCUCGUUCAUACCAAACACCUGUCAAUGGGCAUGAUGAACACAUCACCAGGCUAAUUGAAGAACGAGAUAUUUUGUUGCGGACAGGAGUCUACACAUCUCAGGAUAGAAUAAUUGCAGACCUUGACCAGCAGAUAAAAGAAGCAAUUUCUCAAAGAAAAAGCUAA